ACCUAAGGUGUCCUCACGUGGAGGCGAUCUAACUGAGAGAAGCAGCUAUGACGCUUGUGCGUCAGCUGCAGUGACGUCAGUCCAACAUGGCGGCGCACAUAGUCAGAGGUUCAUGUUUACUACUCCGUGCUGUAAUGUUCCCACAGAAUGUAAAACUGAGAGGAGUUUUUAUUAAAGACAAGAAUAACACGUUACAACCGACCCUCAGCUACGGGACCCGAGGGAGGGACGACACACAGGGAGACCAAGUGCACAUUCCAGUAGAACGUCUGACGGUAUCUUACAGCAGGAGCAGCGGUCCUGGUGGUCAGCACGUCAACAAAGUCAGCACGAAAGCAGAGAUCCGUUUCCAUGUGCUAACAGCAGAGUGGAUUCCAGAAGAUGUUCGGCGCAAUAUAUUUGAAACGAAUAAAAACCGCAUCAAUAAAGCCGGGGAGCUGCUGGUGACCUCGGAGCUGAGCAGGAGUCAGCAGAGGAACCUGGCUGAUUGUGUACAGAAGAUUUCUGCCAUCGUUGCUGAGGCCAGCGAGAAGCCACAUGAGCCAACAGCAGAGGACUUAGCUCUCAGAGCAGCCAGGUUGGAGAAGAGGAACAAGGAGAGGUUACGACAGAAGAAGAUCCAGUCUGCUAUCAAGCAAAGCAGACGACUGGAUUUUGACUGAUUGAUUGUUAAAUAUCUACACUACUAGUCAAAGGUUUGGAAACACCUUCUCAUUAAAGGGUUUGUAUUUAUUUUAAUUAUUGUAAAGACUGUAGAUUAAUACU